GUGAGCUGGUUGUCGAUGCUGACAUCGCACACCCUCACUACAGGCAACCUUGGAAGCUAGUUGUCGGUUUGCUGGCAUAUAAGAAGAGCCGCCCAGUGAAGCAUGUGAAGGAAGACACGUUGGCUCCAUGAACGGUGAGUCUGCACCGGUGUAGGGUCUUACUGUAGACUAUCAGCUCCCUCGAUGAAUCGACCUCAGUGUGUUUGUCGUGGGUUGCACGAAGGACCCUGCAAUGUCGAGCCCAGCCCCUAGGGCUCAUCCUGCGACGAGUGUCUUCACCUCCGGCCUGAUCAGCAACGCCCACAACUCAUCGCGAACCGUGUGGCAUCCACUGCUCCGCUUCAUGGUGACACCGGUCUCUACGCUGGGUCUGUACACUGUCAACGUCAACCCUCCAGCUCCAUGGUUUCGACGAGCGCCUGUUUCAAGGUCAUCUUAUCAGCCGUUAAGCUUCGAACGCAAAGCUUGGCCCCUAACUUGUUUCGCAACAGCUGUCAUGUGUUUCCUGACAACCUCACCAGACGCACACAGUUUUGUGCUCCGCAAAGAACCGCGCUUUUGUACAAAGAUCAGACGUCUGGCAGUGCGGAGGCCGCGGCGCCCACGGCCCGCAAACAUCUCGUGCCUCGUGUUGCGAAACGCGUCAGUUCAUCUUUCUUCUCAAUUUUCCUGCUGGUGGAACCCAACGCUGGCAAGGCAGAUCCUGUAAAAGCGAGGUGUGAUUCUGCGCAAAUCUGCAUGCGCAUUAUAUCGAAGCGGCAUGCAGACCGCUGUUAUCUUUCACCGGUGCGCACGUGGGUAGGGCAGCCUCGUACUGCGAAAUGAGACAAGCUAGUUAGGGCGGCGCUCUCAGUGUUUUUUAUUGAUUCAAA